ACGUGAAAGAGAUUUAAUCUGUUCGUCCGAAGAGCUCUGUCCCCCCACCCCAGCUCCCUUACCCCCACCCCCACCCCCUCCAGGUCCGGUUUAACUAGGCUUGGCUCGGUCCGCGGAGCUGCUGCUGAACUAAGCUAGCGCGGCUAGCUCACUUCAGCUAGCUAGCUAGGAAUUUAUUAAGUGUAGCGUUAUUUCGAAAAUAUUUAGCAUUUUUCUCUCCAAGCUGCAACCGAACAAGGAGGAAGUAUGUCGGCCAAAGACCCAAACAAACUGUCCACCACCGAACGACCCAUCAAAGCGGUCCCGUACCCCCCUGGGACCCACCUGUCGGUCAAGGACCUGUAUGUGGACGGGAGGCCCAGCGUGGAGGUCCUGAAGGCCCACCUGGUGAAGGAGGGCCGCGUGGAGGAGGAGACCGCUCUGAGGAUCAUCAACGACGGAGCCGCCAUCCUCCGUCAGGAGAAGUGCAUGCUCGAGGUGGAGGCCCCCAUCACAGUGUGCGGAGACGUCCACGGGCAGUUCUUUGACCUGAUGAAGCUCUUCGAGGUGGGGGGGUCCCCCAGCAGCACCCGCUACCUCUUCCUGGGAGACUACGUGGACCGAGGCUACUUCAGCAUCGAGUGUGUCCUGUUCCUCUGGGCGCUGAAGAUCAACCACCCCAGCACCCUCUUCCUCCUGAGAGGGAACCACGAGUGCCGGCACCUCACAGAGUACUUCACCUUCAAGCAGGAGUGUAAGAUCAAGUACUCGGAGAGGGUCUAUGACGCCUGCAUGGACGCCUUCGACUGCCUCCCUCUGGCUGCUCUCCUCAACCAGCAGUUCCUGUGUGUGCACGGGGGCCUGAGCCCAGAGGUCACCUGCCUGGAUGACAUCCGCAAGCUGGACCGGUUCAAAGAGCCCCCGGCCUUCGGCCCCAUGUGUGACCUGCUGUGGUCGGACCCAGGUGAGGACUACGGGUCGGAGAAGACUCAGGAGCACUUCAGCCACAACAGCGUGAGAGGCUGCUCCUACUUCUACAGUUACCCUGCAGUGUGUGACUUCCUGAUGAACAACAACCUGCUGUCUGUAAUACGAGCUCAUGAAGCUCAGGAUGCAGGGUAUCGAAUGUACAGGAAGAGUCAGACCACAGGGUUCCCUUCUCUAAUCACCAUCUUCUCUGCUCCAAACUACCUGGAUGUGUACAAUAACAAAGCGGCGGUGCUGAAGUACGAGAACAACGUGAUGAACAUCCGUCAGUUCAACUGCUCUCCUCAUCCUUACUGGCUGCCCAACUUCAUGGACGUCUUCACCUGGUCGCUGCCCUUCGUGGGGGAGAAGGUCACAGAGAUGCUGGUGAACGUGUUGAACAUCUGCUCCGAUGACGAGCUGAUGUCAGAGGGAGACGACACGUGUGAAGGUGGAACUCCUGCCGUCAGGAAGGAGGUGAUCAGAAACAAGAUCCGGGCCAUUGGGAAGAUGGCUCGUGUGUUCUCCGUCCUCAGGGAGGAGAACGAGAGUGUUCUGCAGCUGAAGGGUCUGACCCCCACAGGAACGCUGCCCGUGGGGGUUUUGUCCGGCGGUCGGAGGACUCUGCAGAGCGCCACCGUAGAGGCCGAGGAGGCCCAAGCGGUUCAAGGCUUCGACCCCCAGCAUAAGAUCCAGAGCUUUGAGGAGGCUCGAGGUCUGGACCGGAUCAAUGAGAGGAUGCCCCCCCGCCGGGACAGCAAGCAGCAGGAGCCCCCCCCCUCCCUCAACAACCUGCCGGCCAGCACCGGGCCCCCGGACAACAACGGCACCGACGCACAGGCCUAACCGCCCCGCGCCCUCCCUCCUCUCCACUUGCUCCCUUUCCUUCCCCCCUUCCCUCCUUCUGAGGAGAAGAGGGGCUUCGGAAUCUCACGCGCUUAAUUUAUUUCAUCUAUUAAAUAUCAUCAGGACACUGAAGGGGGGAGAGGGGCCCGCUGCACCACCGCCGGGUCCAGACCCCCGGGUCCAGACCCCCGGGUCCAGACCUUCACUCUCCGGUCCUUUUAUAGUCGGGUCCAGUACGAUGAACCCUCUUCAGUCUGUUGGUUUCUGGGACGACAUCUUUCUUUGUAUCAUCUUCUUAUUUUGGUGAAGGGGGAAGUGACGCACACACACACACACACACACACACACACACACACACACACACACACACACACUCUGAUACAGAGCUCCUUUCUUAUGCCAAUGGUCAUGUGACUAAGCAGCGAGUAUUGACAUUAUAUUAUAAAUGUACAUUUUAAAUGUUCCCUCUUUUCAAUGUGAUGCUUUUGUUUUUUACAACAUACAUAUUUAGGGUUAAUUAAGGGGGGGGGGUUCUUUUCGAGGUCUACUUACUGAUCUCUGCGUGAGGAAGAAGACCACGUGGUCGAAAGCAGGGAGUGGACCUAGCGUGGUGCGUUCAGGGGCCGAUGCAGAAGGACCGAGAGGAGAACCUUAGGUUUCGGGGGGCGUUGUGUUCGAGGCCUCUUUUCUGACUUCAUAUCUCACCGAAUGUACAGAAGAACUUUCCAUUUCAAUCAAAUGUGUUUUUUUUCUUUACAGCUAAAUUUGAGAAGACAUAAAGAGGGAGAACUUUCCUGUGGAGGUUCUGCUCGUUUCUGUUGAUGUUUCACUCAUUCAAAUAAAAUCCAAACCAAGA